AUGUUGGCAAAGCUCGAAGAUCCCGCGAACCCUUUAUUAGGUCCCACGUUAAAAGGUUUACAGGCUUGGGGAUUGUGGCAGAAGCAGGGAAUGAGCCGAAUUAUUUACAACAUCCUCCAUUUUCUGGCUAUAUUAUUCGUCGUCAGUCAGUACGUAGAGCUCUGGAAUAUUCGAUCAGAAUUGGAUAUGGCUUUACGAAACCUGUCAGUUUCUAUGCUAAGCACAGUCUGUGUCGUCAAAGCUGGUACGUUUGUGCUGUGGCAAUCCGAUUGGAAGCAGAUCAUUAAUUUCGUUUCUGAUACGGAGAAAAAGCAACUGUCCAAACGGGACUCCACUACAAAAAGAAUCAUUAGCAUCUAUACCAAAUACUCUAGAAAUGUGACGUACUUCUAUUGGUGUUUAGUUACGGCUACUGUUUUUACAGUUAUACUAGCACCGUUAGUAAGUUUUCUGUCAUCUGCUGAGUUCCGUGAAAAGAUAAGAAAUGGGACGGUGCCGUAUCCAGAAAUUAUGAGUUCAUGGGCUCCCUUUGACAAAACGAAAGGCUUCGGUUAUAAGGUAAUGGUUUUAGAGCACACUUUGAUCUGUUUUUAUGGAGGCGGCAUUGUAGCGGCUUACGACUCUAAUGCUGUAGUUCUGAUGACGUUUUUCUCUGGCCAACUGGAGCUUUUGAAAAGAAAUUGCAGUAGAUUAUUUGGAGAUGGUACUGAAUAUAUUAGUUACAAUGAAGCAGUUGCAAGAAUUCGCGAUUGUCACGAACAUCGCAUGAAUUUGGAUAAAUACGCCAAAAUAUUAGAUUCAUUACUAUCACCAGUAAUGUUUUUGUAUAUCAUUAUUUGUUCUCUUAUGAUUUGUGCCAGUGCUGUCCAAUUAACAACAGAAGGUACGACGAGCAUGCAACGUAUCUGGAUAGCAGAAUAUUUGAUAGCUCUGAUUGCCCAAUUAUUCCUGUACUGUUGGCAUAGUAAUACAGUUUUCUUUACGAACCUCAGUGUAGACGAGGGUAUCUACGGCAGCGCGUGGUGGUCGCAGGGGGUUCGCGUGCGCCGUAGCGUCGCACUCCUCGGCGGACAGUUGAACAGAACGAUCGUCUUUACUGCUGGCCCGUUCACAAAAUUGACUGUUUCUACUUUUGUUACGAUACUGAAAGGUUCGUACAGCUACUACACGCUUUUAAGCAAGAAAGAAGAUUAA